GAUCUCCGCAUGUGAGAGCCGGGUGAGUUGUCUCGUCAUGCCCCACCCUGUGUAAACGCCGCAGGCGGGCGGAGCUCCGAGGAUCCUGGCGGCAGCAGCAGGAGCAGACAGCGGGUCCUGGACACCAGACUUCCUCCUUCAGUCGGGGAGGUGAGGUGGGGGAGAAAGAGUAGUCUGUUUGCAGCGCAUGUUCUGGGAACAACAACGCAGCCAUGGCGCCAGGCCUGUCCGGUGUAGCAGUGUUGGUCUUCUGCGCCGCUAUGUCCACGCGUGUCUUCGCAUGGGACGAUGACUGUGACAGCUACACAGAUUCCAACAAUGUAUACCAUAGAUCUCAGGACUGCAAGAUAGGAUUUUGCUGCGGCACCUGUGAGAACAGACAGUGCUGUACUGAUUCUUUCCGAAGGCUGUCUGAACUAGCCCAGCAAUCAUGCGACAGAAAGUUCAGCAGUGAUUUCAUGGAUGACUCACCUGUGCCUAUGAUCAUUAGUAUCGUGGGCUCCAUCUUUCUUCUUCUCGUCCUCGGCUGCUGCUGCAUCUGUCCCUGCUGCUGCAUUUACAAGAUGUGCCACAAGUCGCAGCCUGUAGUUGCUACCACCACCCACACCACAGUGGUUACCUCAGCCCCUCAGCAGUACCCCCGGCAGCCAACGUCAGUGCCUGGACCUCCCCAGACCUACCAGGCGACCCACUACCCCCCCUACCAGCCCAUGCCAGUUCAGCCCGGCUAUGGAACACACCCGAUGCCGACAUCGCCUUACAAAGGACAGCAAUUUACCCCAGGACCCCCGCCACCUUAUCAGGAUGCCAUUGGUCCAGCCUACCCUCCUCCCCACCCAAUGCCUUACAGCCAGGCAGCGUUUAGCCCCGGACAGCCAGCGUACCCCCUACAACCUCCCACCCACCCACAGCCCAACGCUCCUCCCUCUCAGAUGGACUUCCUAGCACAGCCUGCAUACAACCCAGAAUUUGUUGUACCGCCCAACAACGGGUAAAAGUAUCUCGUGUCACAAACUGGGAGAUUAAAAGUGGUCUUUGAAUGAAGACAAGAAAUCCUACAGAAUCUGGCUUACUUCAGUUUGAUAUUAAAGAUGAAAGUGUAAUGUUACAGCUGAACGUCUGUUGUGGUCGAUUGACAAAAUGUUGGUGCCUUUUGACUUGUAUUGCAUGGACAUUCAGCGUACAGAUACACAUAUAUGGUAACAUUGUCUGAUUCAAGUUUACUCGUGGCUCCUUAGACAUCUUGGAGAAGUGAAACAUCUGACUUCAGUUUUUUUAAGUGUGUGGAUAUAUUUCAGCUCUAUGACUAUGCCUCAAAACUUCCUGUUUGCCUUUUAUGGCCAUCAGCCAAACCUACUGGACUCCUUCAUUCACCUUCAGCAACUCAGUGACUAGACUUUGAAAAAAAGGUGCUUUCAUGUCUAUCCUCUUCACCUCAAGUAUGUGCCAGAUUCUUGCUGAAGUGCUUCAAACUUCAUUCUUUCUGAUCAUACUGUUGUUUUUUUUACUGUUGUAAGAUGUGUAUUCAUUUUCAAAACAUUUCUGGGAUACUUUGUUUUCUAGAAUCUUCGUUAAAGGGAACAUUUAUUUUGUCAUCAGUUAAGAAAACCAUUAAAAACCACUGCUUAGAUAUGUGAUGGAGUUCAUACACUUGGGUUUGUAUUGCUUUUCAGAUGUACAUCUGUACACGUCUGAGCUGAAAUGCAUUGAUGUCUUCAUUCAGCAUUACUUAAGGACUUUCCUUAUCAGUUGACCAAACAUUCAAUCUAACCUAAAAGGGAGAAAUGUUACACUCUUGAAAUGCAAGACACAAAUGUGCCUUCAUAGCAAGGUUGGGGAAACCCCACAAGUUGAUGUCAUGGCUUUGUAAAUUUCAGAUUUUUUUCUUCAAUUUAAAUUAUUUUGUUUUAGAGCACCUUAAAUACAUUUUUGUUCAUUUCUAUUUCAAAGUAUUUAAUCCGGUAGCAUCACAAACUAUUUCACUUCUUUGCCAUUAGAAAUUCAAAUUAGACGUUGAAAGAAGUUUUUAUUUUAUGCUGUUCUAAUUAGACAGUGAAAUCGUUUUCUAAUGUUUUGUUUCCAUCAAAUACCCUGUAGCUGCACAACUUAUUUUGUGAAUAGUUGAUGCUUAUUUUCAGCUUUUGUGUAUUUUUUGUGAAAUUGUGUGUCGUGUUUCUUGUCCUGUUAAAAAAGAAUCCAAGUUUUUGCAUUUUUGAAUGGUUUUGAAGACGUCUUUUUUUUCCGCAGUGAUCUUGCUUAAACUGGAAAAGACACCAACGAGUUCUUUGUUCGUCUUCUGUCUAAACCUAGCAGUUUUUUUUUCUUCUGGUUUUAUAUCCAUCAUAGUCCAGUUUUGGUACUCCAAUUGGGGUUUUUCAGGUUUGUUUGGAUCACUGUCACUAGGAAAAGAACAACAGCUUAGAGUUCACUUUUUUCAUCUUUUGUUCUCUUCUAGAUUUUCUUUUUUUUUUUUGUCAUAUCAUGUAAGUAGUGUACCGUUUAUUUUACAGAAUUUCAUUUUUGUUUUCCUGCUUGCAUCUGGUUAUUUAAAUUAACCUUCAAUAAAAUAGGGAAUGUGUAGAGCAUUCAAAUCUUGUUGUCAUGUCCUCUGCAAAAUAAAAUUAUGCCCUCUUA